AUGUCGAUGGAUCUAGACGACGCUCCCGUCCCUAUCGGGGCGGUACCUCAACAGACGGCCGCAACUAUUCUCUGCUGCAACUGCGGUGCUCCCAUUGACGGGACGACUGCCACCGGCGCCCUCUGCUUCAACUGCGUCAAACUCACAGUCGACAUCUCGCAAGGAAUCCCGCGCGAAGCAACCAUCAACUUCUGCCGUGACUGCGACCGAUGGCUCCUCCCACCGACGAGCUGGAUCGUGGCCAUGCCCGAAUCUCGCGAACUGCUGGCCCUGUGUCUCAAAAAACUGCGAGGUCUCCACAAGGUUCGCAUCGUCGACGCAAGCUUCGUGUGGACGGAACCUCACUCCCGAAGAAUAAAGGUCAAGCUCACGAUCCAGGAUGCCGUCCAGGACGGCGUCUUGCUUCAGCAGAGUUUCGAAGUUGUGUACAUUGUUGCGACGCAGCAGUGCCCCGAGUGCGCCAAGUCAUAUACCGCCAACGUGUGGAGGGCGUGUGUCCAGGUCCGGCAAAAGGUCUUGCACAAGAGAACAUUCUUGUUCCUGGAACAACUCAUCAUGAAACACCACGCUCACAGGGAUACACUCAACAUCAAAGAGGCCAAGGACGGCAUUGACUUCUUCUUUUCGCAAAAGAACCAGGCUGAAAAGUUUAUCGACUUCCUCAACUCGGUUGUGCCCGUUACGGUCAAGGCAUCGCAGGAGCUGAUUUCUCAGGACGUCCACACGUCCAAAAAGUCAUACAAGUUUUCGUACUCUGCUGAGAUUGUGCCCAUCUGCAGAGACGACCUGGUCGCCAUGCCCAUCAAGCUGGCCAAACAACACGGCAACAUCUCCCCGCUGGUGUUGUGUCACAAGAUCGGUACUUCAGUGUACCUGAUGGACCCUCAGACUCUCCAGACAGCCGACAUUGCGUCGCCGAUAUACUGGCGCGCUCCGUUCCGGUCACUCGCCGACGCCAAAGAACUAGUGGAAUUCAUCAUCAUGGACAUCGAGCCCACCAACGUCCGCAAGGGCAAGUGGGUGCUCUCCGAGGCCACCGUCGCCAGGGCGUCAGACCUCGGCGUCAAUGACAAGACGUACUUUACCAGAACACACCUGGGCCACUAUCUCCAGCCCGGCGACUCAGCCAUGGGAUACCUCCUCACGGGCACCAUGUUCAACAACCCCGAGUUCGAGGCCAUUGAAGAGUCCAACACAUACUCCUCCACCAUCCCUGACGUCGUCCUCGUCAAGAAGCACUACCCGCGUCGCAGAAAGAACCGCCGCCGCAACUGGAAGCUCAGACGCAUGGGCAAGGAUGAGGGCGAGCUGCUGCCCAAGAAGGCUGAUCAAGAUCGCAUGGAUCGAGAGUACGAGAUGUUCUUGCAGGAUGUAGAGGAGGACGAGGAGCUGCGUGCCGCUCUUGCUCUGUACAAGAACGAGAAGAAGAGGGCUGAGGAGGAAAUGAGCGUAGCUGAGACGGAAGACGAUGAUGAUGAUGGUGUUCCACAGGUUAACAUGGAUGAGUUGCUAGACGACUUUGAUGAGCUCACGAUGCAGGACUCUUGA